AUGCAUGUCUCCCUGGCUUUCUCGACCGCCAUCCUUCUCUUCUGUGCUCAAAGCGCCUUCUCGUCUCGAGUCGUGAAACGCAGUGAAGAUCUCCGCCAUCAAGUGCUCGGAGAGCUCAACGAGUUCCGUGCAAAGUUUGCCGAUGCGGCUCAAGUCAGCAAUAUGAAUGAGCUGACGUACGACUUGGAGUUGGAGAAAGUAGCCAGUCAAUAUAAUUCUUGUCAUCUCGACAGGGACACUUGGAAGCGGCUUGAGCAUAAUGAAAUGAAUUAUUACCUCUAUAAGAAGCAAUUGGAAAAUGAUUUUGUUGAAUACGCUGCCUUUCAUAGAAAUGAUACUGAAGAACUCAAAAAACUCUUUGGAAACGGAGAUUUGUUUGUUGCGGCUCUUCAACCAAAUGUCAACAAAGUUGGAUGCUACCAUUUCCCUAGUCUCUGUGUUCACAAAAUCUGGUCCCUCGCUGCUAAAUUCACCGAUGUCAAACGAUCGACUGUUAGAGGAUUACAACAUUUCACCCUAGACGACACUUUCUAUGGAAAACCAGGAGCUCACUGUUCUGGAAAGAAUACUCGCGGUGGAUUGUGCAAAGCGACUGAUUAG